CAGAAUAACAGAAAUUAAGUGACACAUCUGUACUGCAUUUCUUUAUAGUCUGACGGUGGCUCCGACUUCUCUCCUGACUCAUAAUUGAUGGUAAAUCUUAAAUGGAGGUAAGAUCCGCCCCACAGGCUGGCUGCAGGGAGGGCUGAAAGCUGCAGAGGGAGGCACAGAGAGGACAGGACGGCGCACUGAUGAAGUUCAGGACACAACGCAAAGUGGAUGUUUUGAGGCAAAAACUUCCGUGAGUGGAAACUUUUUAUACGGGCGAGGACAAAAACGGACUUUUGACUUCACAGCGAAUAUUAACCUUUUUUGGCGAUCGCGUAUUUUGCACGCGCGCAUCGUUACGCAGGAGAGAAGAAUACCUUUCAAAUAACUGCAGAUUUCCCCAAACCACCACCGGGAUGUCUAGAUGAGAUAGUGACUCAAAAAGGUCCUUCAGGAGGCUUUAAGAUGCCAACAGUGACCCUGCCUGGUUGAGAAGCCUCACCUCCUGCAGUGUCCAGUGCUGUGGCGCCCUCUGCUGUGUGACCGAGGCCAGUAAGGGGCAGGCAGCAUGGGGAACAUCCUGGAGGAGGGGAUGAACACCGUCAUCGUCAGCCACUACAACCACUCUGGAAAGUGGGACCGGCCUCGCUUUGGCGGGGCCUGUAAGAUGGCCGUGCUGCUCUUCAUCUGCGUGCUGAUUGUUCUGGAGAACGUUACGGUCCUGCUCGCCCUUUGGAGGAACAAGCGCUUUCAUAGCCGCAUGUACUUCCUCAUUGGAAACCUGGCUCUAUCAGACCUGCUGGCUGGUGUGGCCUACGUGGUCAACAUCUUCACCUCAGGACGCAACACCUUCUUCCUGACGCCGGUGCAGUGGCUGGCCAGAGAGGGGAGCAUGUUCGUGGCCCUCAGUGCAUCCACUUUCAGCCUUCUCGCCAUUGGGAUUGAGAGGCACAUGACGAUGGUGCGCUUGCGUCCAUGUGAGACAGCAGGUCGGGGGAGGCUUCUGGGACUGCUGGCAGCCUGCUGGCUUGUGUCAGUGCUGCUCAGUGCUCUGCCCAGCUUGGGUUGGAAUUGCCUGAACAAUUUGACCUCCUGCUCCACAGUGCUGCCGCUCUAUGCCAAGAGCUAUGUGGCCUUCUGCAUCAGUGUGUUCAGCGCCCUGUUGGUGGCCAUCAUCAUCCUCUAUAUCAGGAUCUACCGCCUGGUGACCUCUAGCGGCCGCAGGGUGAGCAGCCGGCCUUCAGAGCGCUCUUUGGCUCUGCUGCGGACAGUGGUUAUUGUUCUUGGAGUGUUUGUCAUGUGCUGGACCCCACUCUUCCUCCUGCUACUGCUGGAUGUCGGUUGCAGCCCAGAUAAGUGCCCUGUGCUCUACCAGGUGGACUGGUUUAUAGCCCUGGCUGUGCUCAACUCUGCCCUCAACCCUCUGAUAUACACUCUGUCCAGCAGGGAGAUGAGGGCGGCCUUCUUCAGGCUGCUGUGCUGCUGUCAGACCAGCAUGGAGCACACAGGGACACCUGUGGCAGGCAACCCCCAUCUGGGCACAGUCAUUCCCACAGCGGAGAACAGCAAGACCAGUGGAGGAGGGGGCAGUGGGCUUGGUAAGUCCACAAUGAAUAGAGGGAAGAUUCCCACACCUAUGAACUCUGACAACAAGCAUGGAGAUCCAUCAGCCACUGCUGUGCCCCAUCCCUCUGGACCUGCAGACCUGCUGUCAGCGGUGCUGGUGAAGGCGGGGGCGCUGCCGCCCCUCAGCAAGUUCUGAGUGGAAGCACCUUAAUGAGGCCUUACAGUCACACAGAAGUAGACACCGAACACUCCUGCUAUCAGCCACUUUUCUGUUUAUGCACUAAGGCCAGUGUAGCAGUGGAUAGGAUGAAGUAAUGAUAUUCAGUUAGAACCACAUGAAUACAGACUGCAGGUUGGAGGAUACAAUCAGAAUCAUUUAAAGCCACUAUUUACAACUCAAUAUUAUUCACAACACCAGAGUGACUGAUAUGUUGUGUUUGUGUGAUUAAUGUUUAGUGUUUCACAUUUCAAAACUAUGAAAUCUAACAGGACUGUUUCAUGGACAUAGAUUAAAGAUCCAGUGUGUAAGAUUGAGUGGGAUUUAUUGGCAGAAAUGGAAUAAUAAAAUACAAAUAGUAUAUUGUAGACAAAACUUGUGGGUACACUCAGAUGGAUGGCAGCUGAUAUACAAUAGAACAUCUGUAUAUAGAGGGCAUUUGUUUAUAGUCUUUUACAACAGACCUUUUUCAACAAUUACAGAAUUGUAAUUUUCACCCAUAUCUUUAUUUUUCUUACAAGAAUAUUCUGACCCAAGGCUGAGCGGGACGCCUCAGUGAAACAAAUCAAUUAUUACUCAUUCUCUAUGAUAGUGUGACAGCUAUUGAGCCUUUGGGAAGCUGCAGACCAGUGUGUGUUGUAACCUAAUGAUAUAGCAUGUUAUGGUGCCAUGACUUCUUCUCUUUUUUAACCUUCUUGGUGGGUCCAUGUCCAUAAAGACCAC